UUUCAGUGGCUAGGCCCUUUCGUAAUCCGAGUCGGAGGCAGAGAGAAUCACCAACUAGAAAGAAGGAUGACGAUGUCGUACUACAUUUCCCAGGGCGCUUUGCGCGGUAACUUAGAGGGAAGGGCUGCUGCCUUCUCGGCUGCUCUUGUAUUUAAAGGAAACUGACUGCUGGGGGCUGUGAGCGCUGCCUCGCCCGCUUGCUUUUUCUCCCCACACACAGCGAGAGUGGCGUGUGGGCUGCUGAGAGGAGCGGGGAAGGAGAAGUGAGCGCGGCGCACUCGGCCGUCUGACAGGUUCCUUUCCUGGCAGAGGCGGCGUCGGUGGCAACCUCGGAGGCACGGGAGGCAUCAUCACCCGGGGUACCAGCGUCUGUCCCCGGCUUCUGGCUGCCCAGAGGCGGCGGCGAGGGGCUCUAGCCCCCCCCCCCCCCCUGGCGAGCGGGGAGAGGGUUCUGCAGCAUGAGCAGCAGCAGAGUCGCUGGGAGAACUGCAGCAGAGACGGAGCUGGCGGUCCAGCUCCUGCUGGCGGCGGCGGCGGCGGUGACCAUUGGUUGCCUCGGGUGCGCGGCAGAGGCCCAGCUUGCAGGAGUACUUGAUGACUGCUUAUGUGACAUAGAAAGCAUUGAUGAUUUCAACAACUUUAAGAUCUUCCCCAAAAUACAGAAACUUCAAGAACGGGACUAUUUCAGAUACUACAAGGUUAAUCUAAAGAGACCAUGCCCUUUUUGGGCAGAUGAUGGCCAUUGCUCUAUCAAAGAUUGCCAUGUGGAGCCUUGUCCUGAGAGUAAAGUACCAGUUGGAAUUAAAGCUGGAAGUGCUAACAAAUAUUCAAGGACUGCAAACCAUACCAAAGAACUUGAAGACUGUGAACAAGCUAACAAACUGGGAGCAAUAAACAGCACACUAAGCAACCAAAGUAAAGAGGCUUUCAUUGACUGGGCCAGAUAUGAUGAUUCACAGGACCAUUUUUGUGAACUAGAUGAUGAGAGAUCUCCUGAUGCUCAGUAUGUGGAUUUGCUGCUGAAUCCAGAGCGCUACACUGGAUACAAAGGACCCUCUGCAUGGAGAGUAUGGAACAGUAUCUAUGAAGAAAAUUGCUUCAAGCCUCGAUCAGUGUAUCGGCCAUUAAAUCCACUGGCUCCCAGCAAGGGGGAGGAUGAUGGAGAAUCUUUCUAUACUUGGCUAGAAGGUCUUUGUCUUGAGAAACGUGUAUUUUAUAAGCUCAUUUCUGGACUUCAUGCUAGCAUCAACUUGCAUCUUUGUGCAAAUUAUCUACUUGAAGAAACAUGGGGGAAACCUCGUUGGGGUCCCAAUUUCAAGGAAUUCACCCAUCGCUUUGAUCCUACUGAAACAAAAGGUGAAGGUCCAAGGCGGCUUAAAAAUUUAUACUUCUUAUAUCUGAUCGAACUGCGUGCAUUGUCAAAAGUCGCAUCGUAUUUUGAGCGUUCAGUUGUAGACCUUUACACUGGAAAUGCCCAAGAGGAUUCAGAAACCAAGUCACUCUUGCUAGAAAUCUUCAGAGACACAAAGUCCUUCCCUAUGCACUUCAAUGAGAAAUCCAUGUUUGCUGGAGACAAAAAGGGGGCCAAAUCCUUAAAGGAAGAAUUCAGGUUACAUUUCAAGAACAUAUCUCGUAUAAUGGAUUGUGUUGGAUGUGAUAAAUGCAGAUUAUGGGGUAAAUUGCAGACUCAAGGUUUAGGAACUGCUUUGAAAAUCUUAUUCUCUGAAAAAGAAAUAAAGAAUCUUCCUGAGAACAGUCCCUCAAAAGGUUUUCAACUUACACGGCACGAAAUAGUUGCUCUACUAAAUGCAUUUGGCAGGCUUUCUACAAGUAUACGGGAACUGCAGAAUUUCAAGGCUUUAUUGCAACAGACAAGUUAAUGAAGGCUUUUAUACUUACUGGUAGAAGUGGCCAUUAACUAAAGUCUUGGAGGACUUUUAUAUGAACUGUUUUUAAAAAGGAAAAAAACACCCAACUUGAAUAUUUAAAGUAGGAAUGGUUAGUCAUUGGACAAGAUAUUUAUGAAGGAAGUAUCUAAUUUUAAACAUGUAAAUUAUUCUCAUAUUCCACUUUGUUCUGUUCUUUCUCACUCUUCUCCCAUACAUCUCUUAUACUGUACUAUCAGUUGGAAACAAACUUUCACUGUUUUGCUUUACAUGAAACUGCAGCGAUUUCGUCCAGAUGUAUGUUGCCUGCAUGGAAAAAAACCUUGCAGUGUUGCCUAGAAUAGCUGGUGGCGAUAUUUUAAAUGUGUCUCUAUACUGAAGGACCAGUUGUUGUUGAGCAAACUUUCUUGGUUGUGUUCUACAUACUUUACUGUUACACAAAUCAAGGAAAUGGCCAGUAAGGAUUUUGCUAAAAUAAGCCCCUUGGCACCCAAGGGAGACCAUCUUUCCCAUGUGGGCUGCUUCUUUUGCACUUGCUUCCAUACCCCCUCCUAAUUUUCAAUCACUUCCAUAUCACAGCUGCCUUCUCAAUGAGGAGACACGACUGGAUUAACUCUCUUCCAGCGUCCCUCAACUCUCGUUAAGCAUGUCUGCUGAAGGAGCCUUAGAGUUAAGGGCUGCUAACUUGGAAUGCUAUGCUCUGGCCUGUUGUUGGCUUUUCUUUGCUCCUUACUGAGUGGCCAGUUUCUCUAAAUUUAUAUAGAGCUAUGGAACAUUUUAAGUAUCCCACUUGCAGUUUUUCAAGAGUUCUUCUUGUUUUGGUGGUAGCAUAAUUCAAAUACUGUACUAUAUGAAGAAGACAGAAGAAAAAGACAACUUUGAUAGAUUAAUGCAUUGUUUUAAAAAAGGUCAAUGCUUGGAUUUCAGUACUGCAUCUCCUACCUAUGCAAUCCCCAGUCAUGACUUUUUAAAAAAAGAAAACACAAUGUCUAAUAAAACGGGUAUAAUAUACAGAGAGUUGAUAUUCAAUUAUUAUAAAGGGGAAUCUAAUCUAGUCACCACAGAACAAUAGCAGACAAAUAGGUUUCUAAAUUUUAAAGCUGCAGUAGAAGUUCUGUAAAUUGUGGAAGAGCAGCUUGCUUAAAAGCUGUCUGUAAUGUAAUAUUUGUAUUUAGUGAAGGAUGUCUGAGUAUAGCAUGAAUGUCUGCGUUGGUACAGUAUACAGAUUUGUACAUACUAUGUUUUGCUUUGAUAAGUAAAACAGGCUUUACACAAUGAAUUAAAAGUGCUCUUAAACUCU